AUGCUGGGAGUCGGGGUCUCGGCAGAUCGGAAAGGAGACCUGUACAAGGACCUGGCGUUUCCGGCUAGUGACGAUUCUCUGUUUUUCAACUGUUCUACUCCGUUGGCUCAGUUCAAAGGAGAAAUUUAUUGGCUGAGACCCCAGGAGAUCUGCUCUUCACCUCGGUUAUUUUCAGACAAUCAACACGAAUGGCAGGUCAAGCAAGGCAUGCUGGGGGAUUGCUGGUUUCUCUGUGCCUGCGCCGCUUUGCAGAAAAAUAAAUACCUGCUAACCAAGGUUAUCCCUCCAGGUCAGCCCAGCUGGAAGGAUGAGAAAUACCGAGGAUGUUUCACCUGUCGCAUCUGGCAGUUUGGCCACUGGGUGGAGGUGACCAUCGAUGACCGGCUGCCUUGUCUUGGGGGCAAGCUCUGUUUCUCCCAGUGCCAGACGGAAGGCGUCUUUUGGCUCCCUUUGCUGGAGAAAGCUUACGCCAAGGUUCAUGGAUCUUACGAGCAGCUCUGGGCAGGCCAGGUUGCCGAUGCCUUAGUUGACCUGACCGGAGGCCUUGCAGAACGCUGGUCGCUCAAAGACCUGAGCCAAAACCCGGAACGCGAGCGGGCCGGCAAAGUCCUGGAGAAAACCGUGUUCAGACGGUUGAUGGACCUGAAGGAGAAAAGUGUCAUGAGCUGUUCCGUCUUCAGCUCACGGCAAGGAACCAGCCAGCUGGGGGAAUUCCACGCCUUCAUUGUGGUCGACAUGCAGGAUCUUUCCAAGGUGUCCAGGAAAGAGACAAUCCUGCUGCGGAUCCGGAAUCCCUGGGGGAGGCGCUGUUGGAAGGGACCCUGGAGGGAAGGAGGUCCAGGGUGGAGUCAGCUAGAUCCGGUGGUGGGCGCUGAACUUUUAUCCCAGCUACAGGAAGGAGAUUUUUGGGCUGAAGAAGAGGAAUUUUUCACUGAAUUUGAUGAGGUCAUCACCGGGUACCCAGUCACGGAAGAAGGACAGCUUCAGAGCCUUUAUACUGACAAAGUGCUCAGCCACACGCAGAAGCUGUACGGAUCCUGGGUGCGAGGGCAGUCGGCCGGGGGUUGCCGUAACAACAGCACCUUCCCCACGAACCCCAAAUUCUGGCUGAGAGUCUGUGAGCAGAGCGAGGUCUGCAUCGCCCUCCUGCAGAAGCCCCGGAAGCACAGCGCAGAUUGGGCCGGCAGGAUUCGUGCCUGGCCUCGCCUCCCGGAAGCGGAUCCCUCCUUGGUGGAUAACGUCCGAGGGAAGAAUUACCACGCCUUGGGCUUGCACAUCUGGAAGAUUGAGAAGAAGCAGUUCAACCUUCCCAAGACCCUCUCGGCUCCCCCAGUUGUGAGCACGGCCUGUCAUUCCUUCAACCGAGAGGUACACCUCCGUUGUGACCUGUCUCCUGGAUACUACCUGGUGGUUCCCAGCACUUUCCUGAAUAACACGGAAGGGAACUUCCUGCUCCGGGUCUUCUCCAGUGGAAGAAUUUCUCUCAGUGAGAUCAAGCUGUCUGUGCUGGACAACACCAUCCACGAAGAAUUCCCGGGAGGCGAGUGGGAGACGGCGCAGCUGGAGGGAUCGUGGAAAAAAGGCCACAGCGCCGGAGGCAGCCGGAACUUCCCUUCCUUCCAUACCAAUCCCUGCUUCCCGUUGUCGGUUCCUGCCGGGUUGGGACAAAGAAGCAUCAAGGUCUCUCUCCAUCAGCACUGCCCGGAUAACAAGUGCCGUCCAAUUGGGUUUCAUAUCUUCCAGGUUCCCAGUGACAACAACCGGGUGAAAAUGCCUUCCACAGCUUUCCUGCAAUUGGAGCCAGUAGUUAGUUGCGUGCCUCAUUGCUACUCUCAGGAAAUAAGUCAGACCUGCCGGCUGCCUUCAGGAAAUUACGCCAUUGUCCCCUCCACGUACUUGCCUGACACGGAGGGCAGCUUCACGGUGAUUGUAGCACGGAAGAUAGACAGGAAGAGCAUUUGGAGCAAGGAGACUUUGGGGCAAAGACUGCAAGAGGUGUCUUUCAAGGCUGUGAUGAAAAUGUAA